AUUUGAGCGUCACUUCCGGUUAGCGUUUGCUCUGAUGCUAAACCAGAUGCUAGCGAUGCCGUCUGCUCCAUAGACGGGAUAAACCUGCGUUUUUGUUGUAAUCUAUCACAAAAUGGGGAAGAAACACAAGAAACAUAAACCGGAGUGGCGAACAGUUGAUGAUUAUGAGGACAAGGCUUUGAAGAAACCACUGAAGCUUGUGCUUAAAGUCGGAGGAAGUGAAGUAACAGAACUCUCGGGUUCGGGCCAUGACUCCAGCUACUACGAGGACAGGUCCGACCAUGAACGCCACAAGGAUAGAAAGAAGAAGAAGAAAAAGUCCGAAAAAGACAAGGACAAGUAUGUGGACGACGAAGAGAGAAAACGGCGGAAGGAGGAAAAAAGGAAGAAGAGAGAGCGGGAGCAGAAUGAAUCUGAUGCUGCAACUGCCACUGUUGUCAACCCCAGUGGGCCUGUGGAACCGUUCACAAUAUCAAAAACUUUAAGUGUAGUGAUUGAGCCUGAAGAAAAGAAAAGGAAAAAGGAGAGGAUUGAGAUUGAACCGGAAGUGGAGGAAUUUCACCCCAGUAUGAAGGUGGACGUGGAGCACCAAGCCGACAGGCCUGUGCGAGCAUGUCGGACACAACAAGAGAAUGAGUCCACUCCUCGUCAACAAUUACUUGAGCACUUCCUUCGCCAGCUGCAGAGAAAAGACCCCCAUGGUUUCUUUGCAUUCCCAGUCACAGACGCCAUCGCUCCCAAUUACUCAAUGAUCAUCAAGCAUCCGAUGGACUUCAGCACCAUGAAAGACAAGAUAUUGAACAAUGAUUACAACACAGUGACGGAAUUUAAGGCGGACUUUAAACUGAUGUGUGACAAUGCCACGGUGUAUAACCGACCAGAGACCGUGUACUACAAGUCUGCCAAGAAGCUUCUCCAUACAGGGUUUAAGAUGAUGAGCAAGGAUCGUCUGUUGGCUCUAAAGCGCAGCAUGUCUUUCAUGCAGGACAUGGACUUCACACAGCAAGCAGCCAUUUUAGGAGAUGAAGAACUUACAGCCGAUUUACCUCCGCCAGAGAUCAUUCCUAUCCCGGUGGAAUCGGCUAAAAAGUCUAAAAAACAACCUGUUAAAGACAUGAACUACCUGUUUGAGCCAGAGGGGAACGCCUGCAGUUUGACUGACAGCACAGCAGAGGAGCAUGUUUUGGCUCUAGUGGAGCAUUCUGCAGAUGAAGCCCGUGAUCGGAUUAACAGAUACAUGCCAAACUCUAAGAUAGGAUACCUGCGCAAGGAAUCUGACACUUCUCUUUUGUACACCGUUGUCAAUCAACUUGAUCCUGACGCAGAAGAGGAGGAGACCCACAAAGUGGACCUGAGUUCGCUAUCUAACAAGCUUCUCCCUGGAUUAACAACACUGGGUUUCAAGGAUGACAGGAGACACAAAGUGACGUUCCUGAGCAGUGCCUACAACAUUCAAACCGUUCAGAAGAACUCAGUCUUUCCUGCCUUAACACCUGAUGAGUCUGACUUGCUGUGUUCGGCGUAUGGAGACGACACAGGAGUACAAUGCGCUCUAAGCAUACUGGACUUUGUCAAGGACUGUGGAAGUGUCACCAAGCAUUGGGUCGACGGGCUUUUGGAUAAGAUGACGGCAGGCGAUCACGCUAAAGCCGUCAAUCAGAUCAGACAGAAAAGAAACAUGAUGCUGAAGCCUGACGAAACCAAGACGGGCAUCUGUGAUUUACAGAUGGUCGACGGCACUGGUCUGGGGGAGAGCAGUUCAGUGCUGGAUUUCAUGUCACUGAAGAACUAUCCUGACAUGUCUCUGGAUAUAUCCAUGCUCAACACAAUAGGUAAGGGCGUGAAGAAGGAGCCAGGAAAUGAGGAAGGCCAGCAACACUUUGAGGACGCUGACAAGCUCCUACAGGAGUUUCAGGAAGCUCAGGUGGAUAGAGUCGGCUCCAGGCCUUCAUCCAACCUGUCAUCCCUCUCUAACGCCUCAGAGAGGGAUCAGCAUCACCUCGGGAGCCCGUCACAGUCCGAGAUGGUUCAUGACCCCUACGAGUUCUUGCAGUCACCAGAGUCAGAGAGCCCAGCCAACAACUGAUCACGCUUAGCUUGCGCUGCAUCAAGAAUACAGCACUGCCCACUGUGACAUUACACAAGCAUCCAGCCUCAAAGUUUUGUACAGACUGUUUUAUUUUAUGUUUUUUAAUGAGUGCAAUAGGAAUAUUAAAUGAUUGCAUCUGUAUUUAUAAA